AUAACGUGCGGGAAGAAGAGAAGAGGGCUUUUAGGAGAUUCUGUAAAGACACUGUGUGGAAUGUCUCGCAUUUUCAGAAAAUCAUCAAAACCUACGACCUUCCCCAGCCUCUGCACCCAGCCACAAGGGCUGCAACCUCAACUAUCCUGCGCGGGCAACCAUGGAUUCCUCCCACUCUCUGCAGAUCACACAGGACAAAGACGACUUGGAGGACAGCAAGUGCGCCUUCUUGAUGGUCUCUCUCUGUCCGUGUCUCGUCUGCUUCAGUAUUCUCUUCAUUGUCGCCACCAUCGUCCUCACUGUGAAGUUCCACCUCUUCUGCCACACCCCUCUUCACUAUGUCUUCCACACCCACAAGUGCUAGUGAUUCAGAAUGGCAUUCAACCGACAUUGCACACUUUCCGCAAAACCCUACCAAAACCUCUUCACCCUCUGUCACAAUUCACUCCUCCAACUGCAAGCCCUAACCUCAUUCCUUCCACUCCCAUCCCCACACUGUCUCUUGCAAACACCUCCCACCAUCAACUCCACCAAUUCCUCAAAGCCCACCUCACUCCCUCCUUCACACCCCAAGACCUCCUAAUCUUCCUCAAGAACAAGCUCCAUUACCAUCCCAAAUUUGCCCACUUCGACCUCCACAUCUUCACAUGGGCCGCCACCAUCGACUCCUUCCGCCACGACCAAUCCACCUACGAGUGGAUGGUCAAAACUCUUGCCAUCACCGACCGUUUCGAUGAUCUUCACUCCCUCCUUCAAGGUAUGGUCUCCAACCCCUGUCCCUAUUCCGAUGGCAUUUUCUCGUGCCCGAGGUCUGAACCCAUUUUCAGAUUUGCGCUAAAUGCUUUUUGUAGGGUUGGGAGGUUGGAGGAUGCUGAGAUUUCUUUUGAAAGUAUGCGAAGAAUGAUUGAUGGGAAACCUAGUGUAGCAAUGUAUAAUAUUUUGAUUAAUGGGUAUGUCAAUUGUAGAGAGCAUGAGAAAGUGAUGACUGUUUAUGAGAAGAUGAUUAAGGAUAGGGUCAAGCCUGAUGUCUUUACAUUCAAUAGCUUGAUCAGUAGUUGUUGUCGGAAUUCACAAUUCGGGUUGGCUCUGGAAAUGUUUAAAGAGAUGAAGGAUAAGGGAUGUAGUCCUAAUGUUGUUAGUUUUAACACUUUGAUUAAGGGGUCUUUCAGGGAAAGGAAGUUUGAAGAGGGGAUUGGGAUGGCAUAUGAGAUGCUUGAGUUGGGAUGCGAGUUUUCAAAUGUGACUUGUGAAAUUCUAGUGGAUGGGCUCUGCAGGGAAGGUAGGGUUUUAGAGGCAUGUGAUCUCUUGAUUGAUUUUUCAGGGAAAGGAGCAUUACCUAAUGGGUUUGAUUAUUUUUGUCUCAUUGAGGCGCUUUGUGGUGAAGAAAAUGUGGAUCGGGCAUUGGAGCUAUUGGAUCAGCUAUGGAGGAAAGGAAAUGCACCAAGCUCGAUUGCAUGUACUGCUUUUAUAGAAGGAUUGAGGAGGUUCAGAAAAACAGAAGAAGCAUUUCAAUUAAUGGAAAAGAUGCUGAGAGAGGGCAUUCUUCCAGAUAGUGUGACUUGCAAUUGUUUACUUCAGGAUCUUUGUGAGGUGGGGAGAAGUUUUGAAGCAAAUGAGUUGAGGUUGUUGGCCUCUAGCAAGGGUUUGGAUUCAGAUGGCAUGACCUUUAACAUUCUAGUUAAUGGGUAUUCUAGGGAAGGUAAAAGGAAGGAGGGGAAACGUUUGUUGAAUGAGAUGUUAGAUUUGGGGUUUAUACCUGAUCUUGCCUCAUAUAACAGGUUGAUGAAUGGGCUUUCUAAUGGAGGAAGCUCUCACCAACAUAAGUAAACCUUAUUACCAAAUGAAGACAUUGAAAUUUUCAGGCUGCAUUUUGUAGCAGUUGUAAUAUUUACUUGGGACUGAAGGGGUUGUGGCUCCAUUUACAAGGAAGACAUGGUGCUGUUCUCGAGGAGAAGGAAAGUUCAAAGGGAAUGAGAUGAACUAAAAAAUUGAACCAUUGUAAUGGUUGGUGUAAUCAUAGACUUUGAGCUGGAGGUCUGGAACCAUCAGUUAAGUUUGGAUGCAAUGCACGCAUGAAGUGAUUGUUAAGCAGUUUUACCUAGACUCGGAGCUUUUUAGCAAUUGAGUUGGAGGAUUUCUUUUUACCACCAAACCAACUGAAUGUAAUAGAAGAUAGUUGUCAAUAAUACAUACAUUAUAUUAUGUUAUUUCAAGGUUGUUUAUUUAUUUAUUUAUCAUUGUUGUUUAUUGUUUAUAAAUUUUGUAAAGUUUGUUGUGAUCAUGCAAUGUAGUUAAUUCAGUGUGGAUUUUUGUUAA